AUGUGUGUGUGCACUGGUUGACCUUGUCAAGGGUGGCAGUCCGGUUCCUGCAUUGCCUUGCCGCGUCCAAAAACCUCCGGCGCUUUAUAAACUCUACGGUUUCCCCUGCCAUGACAGCCUCUUCCUCACUUCCAUUCCCCCAGGCCUUACCGAGCGCGGCUAUCAUUGGCGACAAAAAGUCCAAGAAACGUCCAUGCCAUGCCGUUAUAUCCGUGCUGUUCACUCCCAAUAAUACGAGAAGUCCAAGGCAAUCCCCUAAAAUCCCAUGCGGCUUCCCCAAUGCCGUUAUACCCGUUCGUCACCCCCCUGAGACGAUCGAGCGUCCCCCGACCUGGCUGGCUCAACCAAUGCCGAUCAGCGGCGCGUAGCGUGGUAGAGGCAUGUUUAUUUUGCCUGCCUGUCUUGUUGGGGUACAGACAUGACAGACGAGCGAGCAUUGUUUGUACGCGCGUCUCCACCCGUUCAGAGGUUUUAUUUCGCCCGACAUGUCGUGUAAAGACGGCUUGUGCAAUAGCAAUAUGGAAGCCUGGCCAUAGUCGUAUAACUGAGAGAAGGAAUGAUAGGCUGAUGGGGGGAUUUGGGGGAGAGAUGGCGGCUAAUGCCAACAGUUUCCAACAUUUUUCCUUUUUGCGGUGGCUGCUUUGUUGCUAUUUUGUUGCUAUCCCUUUUUACACAUGGCUUCUCCGUCGGGAAAUGGCGUUACUUGCUCCCGAGCACAAGUACCGGCCGGAAAAGGCUACACCGAAAUCCCAAACCCGGGUGUCGGCAGCGGCACCUUCCCCACAGUCCCACUGGGGGAUAUGGAGGGCAGCGCCUUCCCCGUGGGGUAAAUCGGGGACUUUGCCCUGCAUGCCAGCCCCGGCUGCGAUUUCGGAUGCUCGUUUCGUCCCGCUUCUUUGGUUCUGCAUCUUCUGGCUAUUGUUGCGCUGUGUAAUAUCCGCAAGCCUUGAUGGCUAGAUACAUCCAUGUCUAGACAGAGAUGAUUGUCUGUCGAAAUGGCUCUUGGCCGGGCGUAGUGACGUAGCCCUCCUUUUUUCCCCCUUUCCUGCCUGUGUCUACUCUGCUGUGCGACCUCGUAAUGUACCUCGACUUCGACGC